UCUCUCCACGCUCUUAAAAACUUAAAUCUUAAAAAAAUGUCGUACCCCGUGUGCUGUUUCUUUAAGGCUAACGGGCAGUUAGCAUGAACCAGGAACAUCUCAGCAAACACCUGCACAAAGCUGUUACUCUUCCACCCGAAAGCUCUAAAUAAUGUCGAAACAAACAUUCGGAAUCUCUUUUUAAGCCUGAACCUCCCUUUGAGCUUUAAAUAUUCACUCCUCCCUUCUUUAAAAAAAAAAGGUUUACAGCCUCUAAAACAUUUGUGGAUUAUUCUACUACGAACUCGUAUCAAGGCACAAUAUUCCCCAAGGUCAAGGUUGUUUUAAAACAAGAUUUGGCAAGAAGUGAAAACAUCGAUGAAGGACGUCUGCUAAAGAAUCCGCGAAAAGAAAGGAUAAUUACAAUCCGUCCCGAGAGGUGGAACCUGUAUUUAAUGACAAAAAUACACCAAAGACAAUCUUUUUUUUAAAGCUUUUUCUUCCGAGCAGCGACUCUCUUCUCCCACCAGGAUGUUAGAAACCAACACAAAGUGCUUCUAGUCGUCAUGAUGCUGAAAGAAAGAAAGUCCUGAGUGGAGCAUUUUCUACCACUGGUGAACUUUACUGAAAGACCUACAGCAUGGGACUCAGCUGCUUCAAGUCCUGGAAACAUGACAGCACAGGCCACAAAGGAAACAGAGACGUGUUGGCCAGCCCGGGGUCCUACUUCUUCCUCUCUAACAGCGCCGGUCAGGGCGACGAGUGGCUGAAGAGCCUCAACAAGGGAGUCUGGAUCCCUUUUACAGGAGUCUUUGGGCAGCGCCUGGAGGAGACGGUGCUCUAUGAGCGGCGGUACGGGGUGCGUUUGGUUCCCCUGGUGGUGGAGCAGUGUGUGGACUUCAUCCGGGCGUGCGGCCUGCACGAGGUGGGCUUGUUUCGCCAGCCGGGACAGGCCAGUCUGAUCAAAGAGCUGCAGGAGGCCUUCGAUGCGGGAGAGAGGCCGUCCUUCGACAGUCGCACAGACGUGCACACAGUGGCGUCACUGCUAAAGCUGUACCUCCGACAGCUGCCGGAGCCCCUGGUUCCUUACAGACGCUACCAGGACUUCCUGCUGUGUGGUCAGAAGCUGUUGAUUGAACGCACUCUGGUCUUGGCAGAGUUGAGAAAUCUUCUGCAUGAGUUGCCAGUUGCAAACUUCAACCUACUCCACUUUAUCUGCCAGUUUCUAAACGAGGUCCAGAGUUACUCCAGCAGUAACAAGAUGAGCGGACAGAACUUGGCCACCGUGUUUGGACCGAACAUCCUCCGAGCCAAAGCUGAGGACCCUCAAAGCAUCAUGGGAGGUGCGGCCCUGGUCCAGGUGCUGAUGUUGGAGCUGAUCAGAGAGCACGAGUCUCUGUUUGCCAAAGUGGGCCCGACCUCCCGCGCCCUUCCCCCGCCAGGCUCCCGUCGUUCCCCCGGCGCCCUGCGGCAGCCGCACCUCCAGCCGCCGCCCUGCCUCCGCCAGCUGUCGAUGCCUCUCAUCGCGGAUCGCUCCGGACAGGACCCCAGCGGCGUCUCCUCGGCCGCUGCCAAAUCUGACUUGUCCUUCGGCCAGAAGAGAUUUCUCGGCCAUCGCUACACCUCCUCCCACCCAGAGAACUGCUUCUACCCCGUGCCGUCCUCCAGUCAGCCCCUCCAGCACCAUUCUGACCGACACCACAUCGAUUAUCGCCAGCGCCACGCCGGGCCAGGGGCCUCCUGCGCAGAUGUUGACCCUGGAGAGGCGGGCCCUGGUUUCUGGAGGCCUGGCGGCGCAGAGGAAGAAGGCGCAGCGCCAGGACCGGCCAGCAGGCGGAGCAGCGAGGCCCGGGAGGACAGCAACCUUUCUGCCUACGACAACCUGGACGGAGAGUCCCCGGGUCGCAGGACGCAGGGCGCCGGGCGCUUUGAAAGCGACGAUCCGGGAGGCCACGUCGGACCUGGCGGGGAAGAUGCUGCGCUGGCGGGGGCGGGGCCUUCAGGGGACUCCUCGUCUUCGUGGUCUUCCUGCGAGGUUCUACCGUUGGACGAGGGCGGUGAGGCCAUGGCCUUGGUUUGUCCCGACGCAUCGCCAAAGACACCCACGACCCCGGGGCGGGUGGCGGGGGAGGAAAGCGGCGACGACGGCGAUCCCGAAGGCUGCAGCGACAACGAUGAGGACAACUACGGCGGGGACGGCGGCGUCUACCACCUUAACUCCCCGGCUUCCUGUUCCGUACCCAGUGGCAGCCCUCUCAGUACGGGCAGCUCGGAGGUGUUCCUCCCCUCUGGUCCGCCAGUCCUGCGGGGGCCUGAGCCCACGUCAAAGCCCGGGGACGCUCAUUCAACCCUGGCCGAGCUGCAGCAUCAGAUGGCCCAGCAGAAGGCCGAGUACCAGACCAGGAUACAGAGGUUGGAGCGCUGCAACGACGUCCUGGAGCGGCAGGUGGCGGUCCUGCGGGUCAGCCUGGAGCGGCAGAAGCGCAGCCGCAGCGUCGCCCAGAUCAAGGUCCGCAACAUGGAGCGGGCCAAGGCGGACGCCGACCUCCGGAACAAAACGCUGCAGAGGGAGAUGCAGCUGUUCUUCCAGAUGUACGGGGAGGCCAAGAGAAGGGCAGGGGACGAGGGAGGAAGAGGAGGCCGAGGGAGUCUCUGAAGAUGGACGGGAGGAUUCUUUGGAGCGUGCAGAGGAGGAUGUGACAGAAAGGGGGAGGGGGGGGG